AAAGCGGCGAUAAGUUACUGAACAGAUUAGUAAAGUUAGGGCCUUUUUAAAGAAGAAUAAUGCAGCAUUUCGUACGUAACGCAUUUUUUUAAACCUUCUUAUUAAUUUGUGAGCUUUCAACGUAAAAGUAAACAUUGUUCCCCAUCAAUUUUAGCAGUUCAAGCUAUUGCAUGACAUGUCGUAAUAGGUUCGUUUAUCGAAUGUCAACAACCUCGGGUGCUCUUUCCUACAUUUGGGUAGCUGUUUCAGUUUCAUCUGGAUCCAGUUUGAGGAAACUAAUUGGAUAGGGCCUUGAACUAUUCUGAUUAUCGCUGGUAAUAAGGCCAUGCUUCCCUCCACUGAUGGCUAUAGAUUGGUUCCAGAACACCGAACAGGGUUUUCAUCUAAUCCUGCAGUUUGGUCUUACGGAAUGGCUAUGCCUUGGCAACAUCCUGCCCAACAGCUUGCAUUCCCUAUUCCACUUCAUUUCGUGACUCCACAGCUUAACGCCCAGUGGUUUCCUGUGGAAAAUUUUGGGAGUCUUCCACCCAAGCCUAAGGUUAACAAAGACAUCACGUCAGUAUUUGGAAACACAAAGCCUUCACGAAGAUUCAGUGACCCUGGGCCAAGAAUAUGUGAUACUGAUAAUGAUGGAAAACCCUUCCACUCCCACAAGAGUAAAGUGUAUGUGCCCUUUGAAGAAAAAUGGAACCAUUCUGAAAAUCAACGCAUUGAUGAAGCAAGUAAAGAUAGGAUGUUGAACAAUUUGCUUCAAGAGCUAAAAACUGCCCGUGACUUUAAUAGGCAACUUUGUCUGGAGCUCCAUAAGGCAAACAUGAAACUCCAUUUAACCCAACAACACAGCAAUGAACAUCAGCCAGGUUCUAUGGCAGCACUUGUAAGGAAGCUGUAUGAAGCUCAUCACAUCAGAAGUGAUGUACUUUCCAAUUGGAGUAAAUCAGGAGAGUCAUGUGGAAGGAGAAGCAGUUUUGCAUCAAACAAAUUCGAUUCCGACGACCCUGAGGAUUCGUUGCUGAGAGAACGAGAAGCGUUGAUUUCCAGAUUGCAAACAACUGAAAAGAAAAUCCAGCGGCUUCGGAAUGCUCAGUGGAACAACGUGGCACCGGAAGGGCCGUAUGGCCCACAAAGCACAGAGCAACGCUCCCCCAUGAACACCAGUCGGUGUAUGGGUGAUUUACUUACAUUCAACAAAGUAUCCCGGAAUCAUUCGUUUGCAAUGACUUCACCUUCUACGUCGGAUCCCCCAUCGCUUGAAGACCUUGAUAUUGCCAGUUCCAAACACUAUGGUGGAACUGGUUUGAUAAAUUCAGGUUUAGCGCAUCUACACCAUCCAACCAGCCGACAGCUUCCCGAAGGGCGGACAUACCUGCCCAACAGCAACGUCUUGAUUCCGAACACGACAUCUAUGGUCGGGCCUACACUGAAGCGGGACAUAGAAAUCCAAUUGGCGACAGUGGAACGCGACCGACGCCAACUGGAACACCAGCUUCAGGAUUCGAUUGGCACUCGACGUCUUUCGGAAGACCGUGUCAUCAAGUUGGAACGACUAGUCUCGGUUCUGAGGAAAAAAUUGGAAAUGCAGACUACGAUCCACAAUACGAGCUCAUCCAAUUGCUCAGCUGUGCCGCCUUCGCCGACUGAAAGUAACAUACCGUUGGCGACGAGUUGUUCCACCACGCCCAAUGAAUACGGCACUUACUCCAACUCCGGUAGAGCAAGCCAAUUGUCAAUGGAAGGUCCCGCUUCCUUGCCUUCUUAUCUCCAAGUCGUCGGACCCAUUACUCAGCUAUAACUUCCCAAACUAGCGUUUGCAUCAAUCCAAAUCAAAUAGCUCAACGCCACACGUUUCGCCCUACCACACCGUAAGAGACUUUGAAAAGGGCGAAUCUAAUUUUUGAACAAUGCACCUUGUUUAAUCGCCAGGUUAUUAGCUUAGGAUUUCUUUUUUUUUUGUAAGUGAUAGCUGUUUCAUAGAACCCGUCAAGAUUCACGAUAACCAAGGAAAAAACCCUUUUAGAGUUGAUCUGCCAUUGCAAUUCCAUUGCGUAUUUUUCUUAUUGAAUGCGAGUUGAAAAGGCUCUUCCGCAUGUCAUUAUCAGCAAGGAUACCUGCUAAGCUGGUCUAGUUUGCACACAUUCAUUUACUAGUCCUCGAGUGCGUACAUCAUUUUUUACUUCUCCACUUUCAACAAUAGAUACUGUUUUGCGACGCGAAUCGAAUGCCAUUUAUGUAGAACGAUUGUAGCCCAUGUUUCUUCGAUGAAGUGUCAAUCUAAAAAAAAAAAAAAAAGUUAACCGUCCGUCGCCAUUUGCCAGUGAAUUCUACGUGCCUGGCUCUUCUUUUUUUUCACAUGUGCCCUAUUUCUCUUGUAUUCUAUUUUGUUCUCCCGCCCUUCUUACCUAAUAGGACUGAUGGGCGGUAAAAUUGAAUUGAUCAUGUUAGAAUUACUUUUGACACGGUGCCUUCACCUGCCCUUUCGCAUCGUCUUCAACCGUUGUAGUCUUUUUACAUGAAUUAUGACGAAAUCGAUAAUCCCGUCUGAUAGAUUCUGUAAAUUGUUUGGCCUCAAAAUAUUACACAUUGGAAUCACACUA